AUGUCAAUUGAGCCAACAAGGUCACAGCAAUGGCUUCAUCAUGAUUCACAACUGGCUGCCGAUGCUGGGGUAACAUUUGAACUUCAAUAUGUUGGUGCCAUUCCAGUGCUGACAUCCAUAAAAUCUGUGAAUAUAAAUACCAGAACUCGAAUUUGUCGUGCAUCAAUACGUCGUGUAUGUGAAGAUGUUGGUCUAAAACUACCAAGUAACCAACCAGCUGACAAGUCAAUAAAACAGUUCAUUGGCCCAUCCACUGAUAUGACAUGGGCAAUGGCAAACAUAUACCUUACAAUCACAUCACAAACACUAACUGUUGAAACAAUUGAUAACGGUGUGUUAUUAUUCCAGCACAACCUAUUCCUGGUUUCUUUUGCUUCCGCUGGGGAUGCAGAUACACCAGAUUUCAUUUGUUAUGUGGCCAAAACAGAUCAAGACACUCGUAUGUGUUACGUUUUUGAAUGUUCAGAUGGUCUUGCCCAGAAUGUAAUUAUUACAAUCGGACAAGCAUUCCAGCUAGGAUAUCAGGAUUUCAAAAAUUCUAAACCGCAAAAUGUUAAUAAACAAACAUCUCCCAUUAAAUUAAAUUCAUUGGAUUCAUUCUUUUCUCAUCACCAAACAUUUCAAACAAAUAUAUCAAUGUCUAAAAAUUCUCUUAGUAAUUCAAACAAACCUUCAUCUAUUAAUAGUACCAAUUAUCAUGUAUCUGCCAAUACCAGUACUUCCCUAUCAAAAGAGGAUACGACAUUAAAUCAAAAUACUUCUAUGCUUGAUAAUAAUGUUACUCAUCAACCAGUAGCUUUUGAUAAUUUUAUGGAUUUUGAAAAUAGUGCAUGGCAUCUUGGUAACGAACUUUCUUCGGGUAAUCAAACUGAUAAUGCAGAAUGCAAUAAGCCAUCCUGUGGCACUACAAAAAAUUCCACCCAGUCUAAUCAAAAUGAUUUAACACAACAGCCUUCCUGCAACAUUAAUAAAGUCGCUGGUGUCAAGUCAAUAUCUAAUGUAAAGGCACCAGUUGGACUUCCAAAUUUUGAACAUUUAGAACCAGUAGGUGAACCUUGGUAUGUUGGUAAAAUGUCCAGAUCACAAGCCGAAAAUUUGUUGCGUUAUGAUGGGGAUUUUCUUGUACGUGCUAGCAUUCAGCAGCCUGGUCAGUUUGUACUAAGCGGCCUUCAAGACGGAAAAUAUAGACAUUUGUUACUGGCCGAUCCCAAUGGAAAGGUACGUACAAAAGAACGAGUAUUUGAUAGCAUACAACAUCUUAUUGAUUAUCACCGAAAUAAAAUUAAUAUUUCCGGUAUCUACACAUACAUUUUGCAUUUCUUAAUUCAAUUCCGCAUGAUCUUUGACAUAGGUGCACAAUUCAGUGAUAACAUACCAACAACUCAACUUUAUCUCUGUGAUCUAAUAACUUUAUUUUAUAUCCCAUGCUUAUAUUGUUAA